AUGCAGAGGCUAAUCUGUGGCUUUUUGAUUCUUGGUUUUGUUUCAUCCUGUCUAUGCAUAAACAUUAUUCAUGAUGUGACGCGCUAUGGAGCUCGUGGAGAUGGAAAAUCUGAUGAUUCACAUGCAUUCUUGAGUGCAUGGCAACAAGUGUGUAGAGCUGGAGGGAUGGCAACCCUAUUUAUACCAGGAGGAAAAACAUUCUUGGUAACGAGCAUGACAACAAUAUCAGGUCCUUGCAAGACCUCAAUUAUUCACAUUCAGCUGCUAGGGAACAUUGUUGCGCCUUCUUUUGAUGCAUGGGGGCCUGACAAGUCAAAAUGGAUUUCAAUUCAAUAUGUAAACCGUCUCACACUUUAUGGUGGAGGAAAAAUUGAUGGCCAGGGUCAUACAUGGUGGGAGAGAUGCAAAAAUUGUUAUCGACCUAUGUCCUUAAGUUUCCAUGGAUGCAAAGACCUUAUUGUUAGUUACCUUCACUUCUUCAAUAGUCCUGGAAGUCAUAUAACCGUAGAUGGUUGCGUUGGUGCGAGAUUCUCCCAUUUAAGUAUCCAUGCUCCUCCUAACAGCCCCAACACUGAUGGAUUUGACAUUGCUAAUUCCAGAAAUAUCUUGAUAGAAGAUUCCACUAUAGGAACGGGUGAUGAUUGUAUUGCGAUUAAUGGUGGUUCAUCUUUCAUCAAUGCUACUCGAGUUGCUUGUGGACCAGGCCAUGGGAUAAGCGUUGGCAGCCUUGGCAAACAUGGUGCUCAUGACACAGUAGAAGAGGUUUAUGUAUAUGAUUGCAGCUUCACAGGGACUCAAAAUGCAGCAAGAAUCAAGACAGUUCCAGGUGGAUCAGGUUAUGCGAGGAGGAUAACUUUUGAGAAAAUAACACUUACAAGGACCGGAAACCCAAUAAUUAUAGACCAGUACUAUUCUCUAGCGAUCUAUGGUCCUCAUUUCAAUUAUGGGUAUUCUUCGGGUUCAACAGUGCAAGUGAGUGAUGUGACAUAUCGUGGAGUCCAUGGAACCUCUAUAGAUGUUAUGGCUAUUAACUUAAAUUGCUCCCCACCGGGUUGUUUCAAUCUUGUGUUCGAUAAUAUCAACAUUGUCUCUUCUAUCCCAGGAAAGAGGGCUUUUGCUUCUUGCAAAAAUGCCCAUGGAGCGGUUAGAUCUUCUACUCCAAGUAUCCAUUGCUUAUUGAGGCAUUCAGAAAGAAAAAAAAUUCUUCUCUUAAAGAUGCAGAGGCUAAUCAUUGGUGUUUUUAUUCUUGGUUUUGUUUCAUCCUGUCUAUGCCAAAACACUAUUUAUAAUGUGAUGCACUAUGGUGCUAAGGGCGAUGGAAAAUCUGACGAUUCACAUGCAUUUUUGAGUGCAUGGAAAGUAGCAUGUGAGUCUGCAGAGGUAGGAACUCUAGUUAUACCAGGAGGAAAAACAUUCUUGGUAACGAGCAUAACUACACUAACGGGUCCUUGCAAGAGCUCAAGUAUUAACAUUCAGCUUCAAGGGAACAUUGUUGCACCUUCUUUUGAUGCAUGGGGGGCUGAUAAGUCAAAAUGGAUUUCAAUUCACUCUGUAAACCAUCUCACAAUUAAUGGCGGAGGAAAAAUUGAUGGUCUAGGUUCUUCUUGGUGGGAAAGAUGCAAAACUUGUUCACGGCCUACGUCAUUGAGUUUUUAUUCUUGCAAUGGUCUUACUGUGAGUAACCUGCACCUGGCUAAUAGUCCUGGAAGUCACAUAAACGUAGAUGGUUGCAAUGGUGCGAGAUUCUCUCAUAUUAACAUUCAAGCUCCUGCUAAUAGCCCUAACACCGAUGGAUUUGAUAUUUCUGAUUCCAGACAUAUCAUGAUACAAGAUUCCAACAUAGCAACUGGUGAUGAUUGUAUUGCCAUUAAUGGUCGCAGUACCUCUUUCAUCAAUGCUACUCGGGUUGCUUGUGGACCAGGCCAUGGGAUAAGCGUUGGAAGCCUUGGAAAAAGUGGUGCCCAUGAGACUGUUGAAGAGGUUUAUGUAUAUGACUGUAGUUUCACGGGGACUCAAAAUGCAGCAAGAAUCAAGACAGUUUCGGGUGGUUCAGGUUAUGCAAGAAAAAUAACUUUCGAAAAAAUAACACUUACAAAGGCUGGCGACCCAAUAAUAAUUGACCAAUAUUAUGCUCAAGAGGUAUCCAGUGGAACUUCUUCGGAUGACAUAGCUAUAAACUUACAUUGCUCCCCACCGGGUUGUUUCAAUCUUGUGUUGGAUCAAAUUAAUAUUGUGUCUUCUGUACCAGGAAAGAAAACUUCUGCUUCUUGCCAAAAUGCCCAUGGAAGAGUUACAUCUUCUGUUCCAAGUGUCCCUUGUUUGUUGAGGUGAAUUACUCUAUAGGUUACCAAAUACCAAAUUAAAAGCUAUGUAGU